AAGGACCAUCAGCCAGCAGCGCAGCGCGAGCCCCCUGUCAUUGUUUUACAGCUGUAAAAAUCAUCCUCUUGUCGCCUUUAAGCCGAUGCACCAUGAAGCCGCAGCUGGCUGAGAGUCAAAUGCGAGGCUUUGCGACGAACCGGAGCGGAACCGAGGCCGUGCUCUCCCUCCAGCAGGAGCUCGUCGCGGUGAUACACGGAGCUUUCGAAGUGGCCGUCGAGAUCGCGGUUCGAGAGGUGAAGUCGCUCGUGGGUCAGGCCACGAGCGACUUCUACGAGGGGCUGCAGCGGGAGAACGAGUCUCUGAAACGGAGGCUGCGGAGAGCCGAAGCUCUGCUGCUGGACUCUGCCCGUGGCGUGGAGGAAAAUCAUCACGUCGGCUCGGAGCCAAGAGAUGCAGCGACGCACUCCCUUCGUAGCCAAAACACAGACCCUGAAGCGGUUGGUGUGGAUGGAGAGGGAGUCAGAGGUGAUCCGUUAGGUCACAGAAGCUCAAACUUUGACCUACAGGAACAGGACAGCAGGACGGAGCAGCAGGAGGCUGAUGUGAUCAGACUGUGUGACGAUGACGAUGAUGAUGGUGAUGAUGAUGAUGAUGAUGAUGAUGCAGCCACAGAAAUGGAGGAAGAAAUGAAUAUUAGCUCUGAAGGUGUUACGUCCCAAGUCUGUUCAGUGAAAAUGGAAAGCACAACCCCAGUAAGUCGAGACCCAUGUGCGCCAGACUCAGCACCACCUCCCAGUACUGCCACCAGGUGUAGCUCAGAGCAGGUGACCAUCAAGCAGGAGGAGCCGGAGCAGGAAACAGGGGGGGCGUCUUGCUGUUUGGACUUSAUUAAAGAGGAGGAUUUAAGCCUGGAGGACAUAAAGUGGCUGCCAGAAGUUUCUGAUGUUCACAACCAAGACCCACAUGCUCCACUGCUCAGCAGCAGGCUGGAUCAGGCAGCUCAUCCUGCAAACCUGACCAGCCUCCUUCCACUACCUGCAGAUCUCCAGUCCAUCMCCUCGGAGUUCGCAAACAUCUCCCAUGUGGCAGAACCAACUGCCAUAUCCCAAGCUCCUCCCCAAGUCUACGGAGUCCAUGUCCGGACGGUCCGGAACKUGGCUGCCGUCCACACGUGUAAGUUCUGCAGCCAGACCUUCCACUUGCCCAGUCUGCUGCGGAGGCACUACGGUCAGUGCCGCCAGAGGCUCCAGCAGCGUUGUCCUGUGCCGGUACCAGGAGGCCCACGGUCCAAGCUGCAGCUGUACCCACCGGGCUGCAGCCCCUUCCGCUGCACUGUGUGCAACCGAGAGUUCAACCGCCUAGAAAAUCUGAAGACCCACCUUCGUAUCCACACGGGAGAGAGACCGUACACCUGCUCCGUCUGCGCCAAGUGUUUCCGCCACUCCGGAGCGUUGACCCGGCACUUCCGCAUCCACACCGGAGAGAAGCCGUACCUCUGCGGACAGUGUGGGAAGUCUUUCAGGAACUGCGGUGGGCUCAAAUUCCACCAGCGUUCUCACAACAAACACCUCCAGUAGUCACUGCACAAAACCUUACAUUAUCCAUUUGAUGUAAAACUGGGUGCACUUGACUUGUGCUCAGUGCUCACCUAUGUUAAGACCCAUGGUAAACAAGUUAGUGUGUGCAGCUGAGCUGUGAUCGAUGGAACAAAGUUCUACUGGAUCCUGAUUGGCUGUCAGCACGACAUCACUGACUCACAUUAAAUCAUUAUAGGGGCAAUUUCAUGUAAAAUCAACUUUUUUUGAGUUUUAUAUCAUGUUAUAAUGUUAUACUCUCAUAAAAAAACAUGCCC